AUGACAGAGGGGAGCUCCCCAAACGGUGACGUGGAAACGAUUGGGAAAUGUCCCCCGACGGACAACUCCAACUCCAAGAAGUGCAAAUACACUUAUAAGAGGAGGGAACUGGAGGGGGGUCCAGAAGCAGAAUGGGGAGAUGAACACGAUAGGAGUUUAAAAAAAUUGAAUUAUAGUAGGGACUUCUCAGAGGAGACAAAGCCACCUGACCUGCUUAUAAAUUAUUACUACGAAUGGGAGGACAUCCCAACAGUUAACAAAUUACCUUAUGGCUUAAUUGGGAAGGAGAAAAAUGCUCUCUGGGAAGGGGGCGUACGAAGUGAGGGUACCGGUUUGGGAGGGAACCUUUCUAAGGACCGAGCCGAAGGGGAAGAAGUUAAUGUGAAGUGUGAGGACCUAGGAAUUACGGUCGAAUUGGGAUUGGAUGGUGGUGCAUCGGAUGAUAAACCGACCGAGGGGGAAGCAUGCAGAGGGGAUAACUUCCUAGCAACCCUCAUAUACGAGGACAUAGUGGAGUACAUUCAGAAAAUUAAGAAGAAGGGGUCCAGGUUAAAAUGCGCCAGUGGGCACAUCGAGCCAAAUACGACGAACAAGUCAAACGAAACACACAUGGAGAAAACCCGCCACAGUGUGGACCGGCAGGACGGAGAAGGCACCUGGGUUGAUGACUUCGUCACCCUGACUAACAUACAAAUUUUAGCAAAAAAUACGAAAAUAUUUUCCGUCUGGGAAAAGUUGGAGGUUGUCCUUCCAUACAUAACGACGCAGUGUGGGAGUCCCCGAUCCUGUUUGUGCAAAAAAAGUUUUCUCACGAUGAAGCAUCUCUGUAUGAGCAUUAAGGAGGAUAAAUUAAAUGUGUGUCGAUAUUUCGUGAAGUCCUUCCCCCAUGUUAUUCGAAAAAUGGACACCAAGAAUCACUUCUUGGACGAGUGUGCUUCUCAGGUGGUGGAAAAUUUUAUGAAACACAGCAAUGCAGUGAACGACUACGAAAUGCUCAGGGUGAUGUGUUCCUUCUCAGACAAUAAAAAUUCAUCCAUUAUUAAGAAGCUAGCUUUUUUUGUUUUUUUAUUUUUAAAAAAUUUGCCCACAAGUGAGUUGGUCAGUCUACCUGUUAAGGACUUCGCACAGUCCUUCCUACAUUUUAUGAACGCCAAACUGGAGGAGACUAAAAGGUAUAUGAAACAGACCUUUACUCUUCUCCUAACAGUACAUAGUGAGGACGAUUUAGUUUCUUCCCUUUUGGAUGGAGCCCCAAAGAAGGGAAACUUAUCAUCCCUGGAGAGGGAGAUACGCACCUUCCUACGGAAUAGAAGCUGCGGUGACGCGUUCCAGCCGCUUAAGAAGAAAUACGCCACGUUUCACCAGUUUAGGAAUUCCAAGUCGCUCAGCAAGGCGCACAAGACAUCGUCCUUCGUUCUGUAG